ACAUUUAUUCGGAAGUUCCAUAAUAAAUGGCGGAUUGUAGCAGUAACAAGUGAAAAUGUUGUUAUUGGAGCCAGUUAAGGCUGCUAUAUGGGAUUCAUUAAAUCAUUAUGCCUAUGCUGAUGCAAUAUUCCUGGCAGAGAGACUUUAUGCUGAAGUAUCAAACAAUGAAGCCCUGUACCUGCUAGCCACAUGUUACUACAGAGCUGGACAGUUAAUGCAGGCCUAUGGUUUACUCCAGAAACAAGGCUGCCCCACCCCCCAGUGUAAAUACCUCAUGGCUCGCUGUUGUAUGGACGUUGGAAAGUUAUCUGAAGCUGAGGAAGUUUUAACGGGAAAUAUAUUUUCUAAAGCUAAGAGUGUGGAGGAGAUUGAGACAGAGUUUGGUAGCAUGUCAUGUCAUGCUCUUUCUAUUCUUGGUGCUAUUUUUAGUAAAACAGAGAGAAUUUCAAAAGCUGUGGAGUGUUAUAAGAAGUCUCUCAAGUUAAAUCCACUGUUGUGGUCAGCUUUUGAAAGGUUAUGUUCACUAGGUGACAAAUCUGAUCCAUGUCAAGUCUUUCAAGUUCCUGCCCAGAGUCAGUCCACUCCAGUCAUGCAGUUGACAGAGGUUCCCAGUGUAGUGACCAUGCCCACUACAGUCAAGGCUCCCAACCCUGUUCUCAAGGUCACCGAGGUCCUUACUCCAGUGUCAGAAAGCUCUCAAGCUUGUACGGAAGUGGACACAAAUGUUUUAGAAACCCCCCAGCCCCAGCCACAUACUCUCUCCCAGGUGUCAGUUACCCCUGAAAAUUUCCUGGAGGAGGCACCUGCCAAUAUCUUUGGUUGCCCAAGGACAAAAAAGAAAGUAAAGCCUCGUACAGAAAAUGUGCUGGUCAGUGAUCAGUCCGUUCAGAAAACACUGUUUCAUAGUCCUCUCACACCUAGUUUUGGUCUUCUUCCUAUUACUCCGUCAACUGAUCGGCCGUGUGCAGAGUUACCCUUUUUAACCCCUUCCCCUCCCAUCAACUGCCAGACAGACCAUCAAGCACCGAAAAAGCCAGUAACAAGGAGAACUCAGAAUGCUCCCCUGAUAAAGCCACCUGUUUUUAAUGUAAACAAUGGAACUAAUAAUACGAGAGAACUAACAACAGCUUCUAACAACUCACGAGAACCCGCUGUAGGAAUUCAGAACAAUCCACCUCCUGUUAGAAGAAGUUCCCGAUUGUUUGGUAGUAAUAACUCCAGUUCUGUUAAGGAAAAUAACAAAAGCCAGGGAAAUAAAUCAAGGUUUCAGUCAACCCGAGCACUUGGAAGAAAAUCAAAAACAAAGAACACAAAAUCUCAAGAACUGAGUAUAGAGAGAAAACCAGAACUGGAUGUUAAACCUGUCAGCAGUGUUGAUGCUCCAACUCAGACAGAAAUUUUUCACAUGCAGCAACAGUCACUUACGGGUAUUUUAAACCUCCUACAAUGCAUUGGACGUGCUAUUCAGUCACUUUCACAGUACGAGUGUAAAAGAGCUAUAGAGACAUUUCAAGAACUGCCUUUACAUCAAUAUAACACUGGUUUUGUUCGAAGUAAGAUUGGCAGGGCAUACUUUGAAUUGGCUGAUUAUUCUCAGGCAGAAAAGUAUUUUUCUGAUAUGAGGUUACAAGAACCAUACUAUUUUGAGGGCAUGGAGAUUUACAGCACGACAUUGUGGCACCUGCAGAAAGAGGUGGAGCUGUCGUCACUGGCACAAGAAUUAUCAGAUCUGGACAAAACCUCUCCACAGGCCUGGUGUGUUACUGGAAACUGUUUUAGUUUACAAAAAGAACACGAUACAGCAAUUAAAUUUUUCCAACGAGCCAUACAGAUUGACAGUGGUUUUGCCUAUGCUUACACACUUCUAGGUCAUGAGUAUGUUUUUACUGAGGAGUUGGACAAAGCCAUGUCAUGUUUUAGGAAUGCCAUUCGGGUAGAUCCCAGGCAUUAUAACGCAUGGUAUGGUGUGGGAAUGAUUUACCAAAAACAAGAGAAAUUUAGUCUGGCUGAAGUUCACUUUAGAAAGGCUCUCAGUAUUAACCCGAAAAGUCCAGCCCUGCUGUGUCAUAUAGGAGUUGUUCAACAUGCUCAACAGAAAUCUGAGAAGGCAUUGAUAACAUUGAAUAAUGCUAUCUCUAUAGAGCCUAAAAACCCUCUAUGUAGAUUCCACAGAGCUUCAAUCCUCUUCUCCAGCGAUAAACAUAAGGAGGCCUUGACUGAACUAGAGCAUUUAAAACAGAUUGUUCCCAAAGAAUCUCUUGUCUACUUCCUCAUUGGAAAGGUGCACAAAAAGCUAGGAAACACCCACUUGGCCCUAAUGAACUUUUCCUGGGCUAUGGAGCUGGAUCCAAAGGGAAUAAAUAACCAAAUCAAGGAAGCCAUUGACAAACGUUAUGCCACAGACGAGGAUGAGGCCUCCUCUCAAAUAGAUGAUUCAGUUUUAUUACCGAUGGAGGAGCAUGUUGACGAGGCCUCAGGAGAAUUUCAGUUACAUGCUGCAGAGAGUGACGAGAGUUUAUGAUAAUCCAUAGUAAUAAAAUUAGUCUGCAAGAGUGUGCUUAAACAUAUUUAUAGACAAGAGGAUGUGAUACAAGCAUUUUAUUGUCACUUCAGAUAGGUUUUAGAUUACUGAUGAGGUAAAAUUGGAGUUUGACAUUAGAUUAUGGCUAUUAUGAUUCAUGUAGAUUCCAUGCCAAAUGUUCUGUGAUGCUGAUCUGAUGUCGCACCUUUAAUUAGCUGUUUUAUGUGUGCCAUGUAGGCAAUUAUGUAUUGUGUUUUAGUGAUAUAAGUAUACUUGUGUAAGAACAUAAGUAUUCUAUAAAAAUCAUGUGAUUUAUUAUGUCAGUUUGAAGAAUACACCAGACAAUAAAUUUAUGAAUGUAAAUUA